UGUUCAUUGAUUCAUCCCAAUACACAACAACACACUGCUAGUUCCCUUUCUGCGGGAUUUCAGGCGCUGUGGCGUGAACGCACCGAUCGGGACCCAAUCUGUGUCGAUAGAGAUGAUGCAUGCCGAUGUGAAUAGUCUUUUAAAACCCAAGAAAAUGCGCAAAUAGUGUCUCUUUAAAGAUUAAAGAGGAAGACGGGACGGAUUGGGAACGUGCGCUGUGGCGUUCUGCUUCUGUUCACCUAGAUUCAAAGCUCUUUGAUAUGGAGUGUUAGUGAUGGGUCAGACGGGUGCUUCACAACAGGAAGUGAGAGUCUCAAGCAGGAAGGUUUGAGCAGAGCUAAUGGGGAGAUCGCACAGUCGGACACAAAGCUAGAGCGCUCAAGACCAGACCGUCUACUUCCCUCGUGUUGGCGACUCCGUACUGUCGUGUUGGAUGCAGCUUAACAAGCAGAAGAAGAGAAAGAAAGGAUUUCUCUGGCUCCAGUGGACUACUAGAUUGUAUUCGGAAUGAUGAAAAAGUGAACUUGAAUAGGUCCAGAAACCAAAGAAACACGUGAGACGGACAGAUACAUUUUGUGGGAGACUUCAGGCGGAAGUAGGCGCUAGCGUUUCCUGCGUGGUGCCGUUGGUCGGGUAAGAAAACCGGUCUCCCUGUAGGAUGACCAGCCUUUUCCGACGCAGCAACAGUAAUGGAGGGUCUCGGGGUGGCGGGGGCUCGUCUACAGGUGAGCUCAACAACUCCAGGGCCAAUCAGCAAGUUCGACGGCUGGAGUUCAACCAGGCCAUGGAGGACUUUAAAACCAUGUUCCCUAGCAUGGACUAUGAGGUGAUCGAGUGCGUACUGCGCUCCAAUAAUGGGGCUGUGGAUGCCACCAUCGACCAACUCCUGCAGAUGAGCAUUGACGGACAAGGCUCAGAUGACAGUUCAGAUUCGGAUGACAGCAUCCCACCAGAGAUUCUUGAGCGGACCCUCGAGCCAGAUAGCUCAGAUGAAGAGCCGCCCCCUGUCUACUCACCACCAACAUAUGACAUGCACAUAUAUGAUAGGAAAUACCCAGAUGCUCCUCCUGUUCCUCCACCCAGAUUUGAGGCCCAACCUCCCCCUGGACACAGACAAGUGCAAGGUUACAAAAACUGGAACCCACCAUUACUUGGCAAUCUGCCUGACGACUUCCUGCGAAUCCUGCCCCAACAGUUGGACAGUAUACAGGGCUCUCAGAGUAGCAUCUCCAAGCCCUCUUCCUCCUCCUCAUCAGUACCCCAGAAGGUCCCCACUGUGGCGGCCGCCACAGGAACAGGCGGCACUUCAGAGCAGGAACGCAAACUGAAGCAAUAUUUAGAGGAUGAGCGUAUUGCACUCUUCCUGCAGAAUGAGGAGUUCAUGAAGGAGCUGCAAAGGAACCGAGAGUUCCUCAUUGCACUGGAAAGAGAUCGAUUGAAAUACGAGUCAAAGAAAUCCAAAUCCAGUCAUUCAUCAGCUAGCAUGGAGAACUCCACAGGUGACCACUAUGCUUCCGGAUCUGUAGAGGCAUGUACAGCAGUCUCCGAUGACGCUCUGUUUAGAGACAAGCUAAAGCACAUGGGGAAAUCAACCAGGAAGAAGCUGUUUGAAAUUGCCAGAGGGUUCUCAGAGAAGACGAAGCGGAGGAAGUCUAAAAGAAGAACGCUGCUACGGCAUCAUUCAUUGGGCACAGCCACCUCCACUGCCAACCUCCUAGACGAUGUGGAAGGAAACCCAUGUGAUGAAGAAAGUCAGCUUAGACGAUUGGCUGCACAGGAAGAGGAGGAGCCACAUAAGGAACCACUAUCAUGAUCCCUCUGUGCUCUUGGGAAAUUAGGGUUUCCAUGGUGACCUCAGAAUGACCCAUGGGUGAUAGCUCCUUAUCUCAGUGGCUCCAGUGCUUAGCUCAGUGCCAGGCAGUCGCAGACUCCAGAGGACCAGCAGAGGCAGAACUGCGUGAUCAUUUUGUAGCAGCCUUUUGCGAGCCUAAGAUCAUUGUUACCUACAUUUGAUUACUAUUAGAAUUAUUGUAUUGUAACUUGUUUGUUAAUAUUUGGUUUCAUAUGUAAAACUCAACAGCUAUAGUACUGAUUACCAACUAUGUAUUUUUCUUUUUUU